GUCAUGCUGGCCGCUUCCUACUGGUCCCUCCUGGCCCCGGCUAUCGACAUGGCCGAGGAGUCCGGCACCUUCGGAGCCUUCGCUUUCUUCCCAGUGGCCGUGGGCUUUGCCCUGGGAGCAGCUUUCGUGUACUUCGCUGACCUGCUGAUCCCGGCGCUGGGUUUCAGCGGACCUCCCCACGCAGCGUUUGCCUUGAGCUGCAACCAACGAGCGGUGAAAGAAAAAUAUGAGCAUGAACCUGCCCAUCACCCGGCCUACAAGAGCGAGCUGUCCAUCCGGAUAGGUAGAGCUGGGCUCCAUCCAGAUAAAGGUGAGAGCGGGGAGCCCUUCCAGCGGCGGAAGGGCGCGGGGGCCAGCCUGCCAGACAGCCCCCCGACCUUCCCCCCGCCCAGGGACGGAGCCCCGACGGCCGGCAGCAGCAGCUGGAGGCGGAUUAUGCUGAUGAUCCUCGCUAUAACCAUCCACAACAUCCCAGAGGGUCUGGCGGUGGGAGUUGGAUUCGGGGCUAUUGGGAAAUCGGCGUCUGCAACCUUCCAAAGUGCCAGGAACCUAGCGAUCGGGAUCGGGAUUCAGAAUUUCCCGGAGGGCCUGGCCGUCAGCCUGCCUUUGCGCGGCGCUGGAUUUUCCACGUGGAAAGCGUUCUGGUACGGGCAGCUGAGCGGCAUGGUGGAGCCCUUAGCCGGCGUCUUCGGUGCCUUCGCCGUGGUGGUGGCAGAGCCUCUCCUCCCCUACGCCUUGGGCUUUGCGGCCGGAGCAAUGGUCUAUGUGGUGAUGGACGAUAUCAUCCCCGAGGCGCAGACCAGCGGCAACGGGAAGCUGGCUUCCUGGACCUCGAUCUUCGGCUUUGUGGUGAUGAUGUCCCUGGACGUGGGGCUCGGGUAG